GUUGGUUGUUGACUAGUGAGAGAGAUCAGAAAAGUGAUGGCUAUGGCUACUUCUACUUCCACUCAGCUAUCUUCUUCGUCUUUGUUUCACUCUCAAAUUACCAAAAAGCCCUUCCUUCUCCCAACGGCGGCGACGAUCAGUGGUCUUGGUUUCUCUACACCAAGGCGAAAGUCUCUCUCUUUAUCCCAACGUUCUUCAGUCUCGGCUUUAUCUGCUUCCUCCGCCGUCGAAGUCAAUGAACCGGUGAAGAAAUCAACGAGAACGCUUCCGUUUCGAGUAGGUCACGGGUUCGAUCUGCACCGGCUAGAGCCAGGGUACCCUCUGAUAAUAGGCGGGAUUGAUAUCCCUCACGACAGAGGCUGUGAAGCUCACUCCGAUGGGGAUGUGUUGCUCCAUUGUGUAGUGGAUGCUAUCUUGGGAGCGUUAGGGCUUCCUGACAUAGGCCAGAUUUUUCCUGAUUCUGAUCCUAAGUGGAAAGGAGCUGCAUCCUCUGUCUUCAUCAAAGAAGCUGUGAGACUUAUGGACGAGGCAGGGUACGAGAUAGGAAACCUAGACGCCACUUUGAUUCUACAGAGACCCAAGAUAAGUCCACACAAGGAGACUAUCCGAUCCAAUCUCUCCAAGCUUCUUGGUGCAGAUCCUUCUGUUGUGAACUUGAAAGCUAAAACUCAUGAGAAAGUUGAUAGCCUCGGAGAAAACAGAAGCAUUGCAGCUCACACUGUUAUUCUCCUCAUGAAGAAGUGAGUCGGUUUUUAUCAUAUUCUUUAUGUAUCAGUCACAUUAAAAAGAAUACUUUAUAUGUAAAUGUUAAACUCGGUGUAAUCACCCUUUUGACUUUAGAUAAACCAUCCAUGAUCAAAUC